UUCCCUUCGGUUAUGGGGUAAAAAAGUAAAUUCCCCCAAAAUAAAUUGAAGGAGACUGAGGGGAGAAGUUGUAUUUUAACUUGUGAGGGGAAAAAAAAACUUGACUUGGAGGAGACUGAGGGGGCCAUCUGCUGCUUCCUCAUGAGGGGAAGCAGAGGGGCAGCUCCCAUCUCUGCUCUCUGUGACCAGGAACAGGACUUGGAGAAUAGCCUCAAGUUGUGUCAGAGGAGGUUAGGCUGGAUAUCAGAAAAGGUUCUUCCUCCAGAGGGUGUGGGGCACUGCCCAAGCUCCCCAGGGCAUGGCCACGGCCCCAAGGCUGCCAGAGCUCCGGGAGCGUUUGGACAACGCUCUCGGGGAUGCACAGGGUGGGACUGUUGGUGUGUCUGUGCAGGGCCAGGACACGUUUCCAACCCGGGAUAUUCCCAGCUCAGAGCUCCACAGCAGCGCUCAGGGACAGAGCCCGGGAACCCUGCGGCUCCUCCCGGGGCAGAACAGGCCCUGCGGGGCUGCGUGAGGGCGGCGCCACCGCAUUCGCCCAUUCGGGGCCGGGCCCGAGCCGGCCGCCGUCGCGCCGGGCGGGGCCGCGGGAGGAGCGCGGCGGGGCCGGGAUGGCGGCGCGGUGCUGCCAGGCCGGGCUGAGCUGCGGGGCUCUGCUGUCCCAGGCUGUGCUGUCUCAGGCUGUGCUGUCCCGGGCCGCCGGCGGGGCCCCGGCCACGCCUCACUGGGGACGCGCCGCUUUUUCGUCGGCGCCCGCGGUGAGCGGCAGGGAAGGGCCGCAGCCUCGGGAAGGUUCAGUAAGGAGAAGAGGCAGGACACCACAGUUUGUAAGAUCAGCUGCACCCCCCAGGACGGAGAGGAUGGCUGUGGAUCAGGACUGGAGCAGUGUGUACCCAACAGCAGCUGCCUUCAAACCUGCUUCUGUGCCUCUCCCAAUCCGAAUGGGUUACCCAGUGAAGAGAGGAGUGCCUCCACCAAAAGAAGGCAACCUAGAACUUAUCAAGAUCCCCAAUUUUUUGCAUCUUACUCCUCCUGCAAUUAAGAAGCACUGUGCAGCUCUUAAAGAUUUCUGCACUGAAUGGCCAAGUGCUCUGGACAGUGAUGAGAAAUGUGAACAGCAUUUUCCCAUUGAAAUUGAAACAGUAGAUUAUGUUUCUUCAGGGACUUCUAUUCGGAAUCCCAAAGCAAGAGUGGUGACCUUAAGAGUUAAACUUUCUAACCUGAAUUUGGAUGACCAUGCAAAGAAGAAGUUCAUUAAGCUCGUGGGAGAGCGGUACUGUCAGAAGACAGAUGUGCUCACAAUUACAACAGAUAGGUGUCCCCUGAGAAGACAGAACUAUGAUUAUGGCAUGCACCUGCUCACAGUUCUGUACCACGAAUCCUGGAAAACUGAGAAGUGGGAGAGCGAGAAGUCUGAGGAAGACAUGGAAGAGUAUAUCUGGGAAAACAGUCGCUCUCAGAAAAAUGCCUUGGACACAUUGCUUCGAAUAAAAGCCUCAGAGAAUGUCAGUAAUGUCACUGAAGAGGAGCUGCUGGCAUCUGAAGUGGUUAAGAAUUACAGAAACUCGGUCACCGCGCUUAAAAACGAAGGUGAAACAGAAAGUAACAUGUCUCAGUACAAGGAAUCUGUGAAGAAACUACUGAAUAUACAAGCAUGAGAAGAGCAGAUCUGCAGUUACACCUGAUCAUUACAGAGAUGUUCAACUGCUGUGUUAGCAUUUCUAAUGAUAUGGAUAUAUAAUUAUUCAGAACUUGAACCAAAAAAUGAAACUUGACUAUGAGUUAAGUCCUGUCCAUGGCUCUUGUCCUUUGAAUAAAGUAUGUUUGGAUUCAUACUGGUAAC